UUAUGAUUCAUCAAAACGUCAAAACAAAAUGAAUUUUUUCAAGGAUUUUCAUGGUAGAAGAUAAAAAAAGCGAUUUAAAUUUAAAACCACUCCUACAAGUUUUAAAAUCAUAAAAAAUGGGUCUGUUUGGAAAAAGUCCUGAGAGGGAUCCUAAGGAAAUGGUUAAUCAGUGGAAUCAUAAAUUGAGGAAAGAAGGUUACCAAUUGGAAAGGCAAAUCAGGGCGAUACAGAGGGAGGAGGAAAAAGUUAAACGUUCUCUCAAGGAAGCGGCAAAGAAAAAUGAUAAAGACACAUGUCUUAUAUUAGCAAAAGAAAUAUUGAGGUCAAGGAAAGCUAUAAGUAAAAUUUACACAUCUAAAGCUCAUAUAAAUUCGGUUAUGCUUCAGAUGAAAAACCAACUAGCAACUUUAAGAGUAGCUGGUUCUCUUGCUAAGUCAACAGAAGUGAUGAAUGCUAUGCAAAGGUUGAUCAGAGUACCGGAAGUAGCUCAUACUAUGCAGGAAAUGUCUAAAGAAAUGAUGAAAGCUGGCAUCAUAGAGGAAAUGCUGGAUGAAACCUUUGAAGAUAUGGAAGAAGAUCCAGAAGGAAUGGAAGAGGCAGCACAGAGUGAAAUUGAUAAGGUGCUUUGGGAAUUGACGGAAGGUAAGCUUGGAGAAGCACCAGCACCCCCUAUUUCUGAAGGUGCUUCUGCAGAAGUGAGUGUCCCAGCAGCAUUAGAUUUAAGUGAUGAAGAGAAGGAUGUAGAUGAAAUGGAGAGUAGAUUGGCUGCCUUGAAGUCCACAUAAUUUGAGAAAAUGAAUAUGACUAUCUUUUAUAUAGGUAACACAGCUUUAAGAAUUUUUCAGAUUAGCAAGUGUAAGAUUUUAACAGAAAAGUCAUGAGUUGUAAUGCUUUUUUCUUACUAAGUGCCCUUGACUGGAGUUAUUUUAUUCGUAAACAGCUUAACUCAUUAAUUAAAUUAAUAUAGUGGGUUAUACUGUUUACAGCUUUCAAGUACCACAAAUAUUUUGAAAUAGAUAUUAUUUCCUUAUAAUUUUUCCACGCUGUUGAAUAAUUUAUGAAGUAUUAAAUUAUGUUGAUCAUAGUCUCUAGAAAUAUAAUGUUUUCUGAA